UCACUUUGGAAACACACCCAACCAAUAAUAGAUAGAGAGAGAGAGAGAGAGAGAGAUGGGAAGAGCGUCUACCUCUUCAAAGGAAGCUUUCAACAGAGUAGCAUGGACUCCUCCCGAAGACAAAAGGCUUAUGGAUUACAUCUCCAUGCAUGGUCCAGGUAAAUGGGAGAGGCUUGCCAAAGAAUUAGGUCUAAAUAGAUGUGGAAAGAGCUGUAGGCUUCGUUGGUUGAAUUACCUGAGACCUGGCAUCAAGAGAGGGAAGUUCUCAGAAGAUGAAGAAGACCUAAUUAUCAGGCUCCACAAGCUGUUAGGCAACAGAUGGUCUCUAAUAGCAGGGAGAAUUCCAGGGCGAACAGAUAAUGAAAUAAAGAAUCACUGGAACACUUGUUUAGCUAAGAAGGCGAAAGAUUUGAAUUUCACCUUGCCUAGACUUCAAAAGGAAAAACAAUCUCCAUCAUCAAGCACAUCAGACAACUAGAAAACACAAGAUACUCAACUGAGCCAGUUAAUGUGGUGACGUAACCAUUAUCAGAAAAUGUUAGAAACUGCGGAACUGAAAGAUCACCAUUUGGCUGUGUGGCUUUCUGAUGGAUUUUAUCUGGACAUUAUUGAUUCAGAAUACUUGACAAAGGCGAGUGAUAUGAAUAAUAAUAAUAGCAGCUUAAGCAAAAAUAGAACUUUUUGCAUUUAUUGCUCUGAUGAAGAGUCCAUUUAAUAACACCUUCGUGAACCAAUUUCUCUCUGUUUGAUUUUUCUCAGUCAGCACAGGAUCACUGUUGGUUCCUCAAGGGUCUGGUUCUGCUUUUCAAGUCUUUAUUGUGCUUGUAGAUGAUGUUUUAGUUGCUAGCAAAGAAUGUUUAGAUCAAACCUGCAUUAUCAAGGGAUCUCUUCCACUCCCACAAACCUUUGUUUGUUUCUUUCAUUCCAGGGUUUUUAGAUGGUACCAUGUCCUAUCUAUAUGAUUAUGCAUUUAUGAAUAUUCACAUUCUUCCACAA